UCUCACUUACUGUUUGUAGUAGUAAAGUAGUAUAAUGAAACUAGAAAAAAAAAAUCGUGUAUAGUACUUACCCUGAAAUUCAUGGCAAGAAGUGGAAGCAAAAUGCGAAUGGUCAAAGCAAAACAAAUACUAUACUGUAUAUAUUCCCUUGUGUCCAGCAAGUAACAUGAUUAUCAAACAGGGUUACAAUGAACCAUUUCUUGAGAUUGCCGGAGGGCUGCCUAUCGGCAAUCCUUUCCUUGACGACUCCAGCAGAUGCAGCAAGAUCAUCAGCUGUUUCGAAGGGAUUCAAGUCAGCUACUGAAUCAGAUGUUGUUUGGGAGAGAUUUCUUCAUCAAGAUUUAAUAAUCCCCAGGUCAACGUCUCUUCCCAUUUGCGCCACAAAGAAGGAGCUUUUCGUUACUCUCUUAUGUCACUCACAUAUCCUCCUCGAUGGAGGCAAAUUGGUAAAUCCCAUGUCUCCUAAUUCAUUCUUAGUACUUGAACUUAAGACCUCUGAUUAAAAGUGAAAGGGUCUUAUUUAUCCCACGACACUCUUAGUGGUGUAAAUCCUAAGUCUCAUUCUUAUGUUUAUGAUGGUUUGUUAGUUAUGUCCCAGCCAGUAACUAUUGAGAGUGAUCAAAGGACUUUGACUAUGUGGUUUGUGGGAGUUCGAAUUUUUAUUGGCUAUAUGAGUUCUGUCUCUUUCUUGUCUUAAACGUGUAAGGUAUUAAGCCUUUCUUGAUCAUUGUCCUUUAAUCAUGAAUCUUGAUCAUAUUAUGUAAUCUGCUGGAAUUAGCUAGCAGCCUGAGAAUCUGAUAUGUAGAAAUGAGGAAUUCCUUAAAUUAGCACUAUUCUUUUGCACGUGUUCGGGUGGUGGUUCUGGGGCAAGGCAAGGCUGUCUCAAAACACUGCCAGACGAUUAAGAACUUUGAGUCUCAUGGGACUAACGUUCGAUUAAAUCUAAGUCAUGCAUCCGCCUCUGCAAUUACGUCCCACUCCAUGAUAGGUAUGACGCUCCGCUUUAUGCUUCAGCCUUGUAAGACACUCAUUCGUAUAUAUGAGUGUUGAAAGAUUUUGGUUUAUCAUCUUGCUAACAAACUCCUGAACUACAAUUUUUACUUUUUAAAAAAAAAAACUUUUUAAAUUUCCACAAAACUUCACCUAAUGUUCUAAUUUGAACUAAAUGCAGAGUCUUUUACUUGAUAGGUGGAGUGGAAAGAAAUGUUUCAUGGUGGCAUCAAGGGCACUUAGCAUUGCAUUUGUUGACAACCCACGUCAUUUGGAAUGGACUACUCAUCCGGACUCCAGAUUCUCGGAAGUGGCAAUUCUUAAAUGUACACAUUGGUUGGAUAUUCGAGGGAAGAUAGAAACUCAAAUGCUGUCUCCAGGGACAAACUACGCAGCGUAUCUUGUAUUCAAGCUACUGAAUGACACAUAUGGUAUUAAAACGUUGAAUGCAAUGAUCAGAAUUGUGAACCAUGAGAAUGAAAAUGAAGCUGCAAAACGAGCUACAAAAGUGUACAUGCCAAGUAUGUCAAGAUUCUUUAUUAAAAAUAAAACGGACCCACUGUAUGAAAAGUAUGCAAAGAAAAGAGGCAAUGGAUGGAUGGAAGUACAAUUGGGAGAGUUUGAUAACAAGGAAGGUGAUGAUGAAGAAGUAGAAGCGCGAUGUAUGGAGAUUGAGCGCCUGCAUGACAAAAGCGGCCUUAUUGUUGAAGGAAUUGAGUUUCGCCCCCCAGUGAUGAAUCUAAAUAUAACUCUUGUUUUAAUUUCUUUUUGUAGCUUGAUUGUUUGUUGCAUGUACCAAAUUGAAUGUGAAUCAUUGAAAACAUCUCCUUUCUGCUGUAAUUUUCUGUGUUCCAUUAUAGCCUAUGUAGAGUACAUGGUUGUAUUUCUUGAUGUAACAAUGAAUUUAUAUCAAGACUCUAAUCAGUAG